GCAGAAAGGCCAGCUCUGUGGAUUUCUGUUCUGGUGUCUGCUGCAGCAAACAGGAGGCGUCGGUUUUGCGGCCGUACGAGCUCGAGCCCUGUUUGAGGUGCAGCCGGCCGGCCGGCCGGCGGCCCGGAAUAUUCCUUUGCCGUCAGCCCAACUGCAGGGCUUGCCUUGUGUUGGGCCAAUCAAACAUGUCCAGACAGCAACGUGCCUCGGGCCGGGCGACAAACGCGCCAGCGUCGGCACGACGGCCAGGAGACAAACGUUAGCUUGGCGCUAAGCGCUUUAGCUCGGACGUUGACGGAAACGCUCCCCCGCGGGAUUGUCGCCGGUAAACAGGAAGUCAACAGGAAGUGAGCACCUCCCAUGCGCCGCUCGCUUUCUGGCCUUCCCGUCUGGCACUGGUCGAGAAAACUCUUUUGACAACACACACACACACACACACACACACACAUUUGACGUUUGGGAAAUGGCCAGAGACGCUUUUGUGUCUGGCUUCCCGUCUGGCGCGCACUCGACACGUUGUUUACCUUGAAGUGCGCAAGCUGCACGUUUUGGUUUACAAUCUCGCAACUUCCUGUCCGCCGUCUGCACUCAUCUCAUUCACACUGGCAACCGGAACCGAAGCGGGACCGGAUGUCACUUCUCCUGACCUUGAGUUUCUUUCAAAGAUGGAGAGCUGAACUCUUUUUAUUUUUUAAUGGGGAACAAUGAAGAGUUUCACAAGACUUGGGCGAGCUGCUCGGUGUUGUUCGAUUUCACUCUGAGUUACUUGACGGAGGCUUUGGGCAUCUAUUUUGGCCACUCUACUGAGUAGAACGUCACGCGUUUCUGGAGUGAUUUUCAGAUUUGAGUCAGGAGGAUUUCUUAAGUUUUGGAGAGUCCACUCAAUAUUGGGCUAUUCAAUCCAUUCAGCCCCAAUGUAAUGUCAUGAGUGUUGUCUGCCAUGUAAUCAGAUUACAUCGACACGCUCGGCUGCGGAAGAGGAAAUACCCGCGCGCAUCCCGUCGGGGUGUGUGUGGUGUGUGUGUGGGGGGGCAGUUGGGCGCGCGGACGCGCAGCCGAAGGGUGGGAUCGAGUCGAGCCUCCGCGCGCAUUUCACUUCGACACACACACACGCGUGGAGUAUCUGGCUCGUCGGGACCGGCAGAACUUUUUUGGUGUCCAAAAGCGAGAGGAAGCAAGGGAACCGGCUCACGUACGUCACGACAAGUAGCGCCAGAUGAUAAGGCACGCCGUUGCCGCCGGACUGGUCCUGGCGGCGGCCCUGGUCCUGGUGCCGCUCCCCAUCCAAGGCUACACCUUGGAUGUGGAUCAGGCGACGCUCUUCUCCGGCGCUCCCGCUUCCAUGUUCGGCUACUCCGUGCUGCUCCACCGGCACGGCAAGCACAGCUGGUUGGUGGCGGGAGCUCCGGUGGACAACUCGUCUUCGUCUGGGUCGUCUCCAGGCGGCGUCUAUCGUUGCCUCAUCGCGACAGAUGAGCAAAAGUGCCAGCCCAUGCCCGCCGACGUGUCGCACUGCGGGAAGACGUGCCGGGCCGAGAGCGACCACCAGUGGUUGGGCGUCAGCCUGUCGCGAGCGGGAGGACACGUCCUGGCGUGCGCCCACCGCUGGAAGAACGUCUUCUACUCCAGCGUGUACGGGGAGAACAAACUUCCGCACGGGGUUUGCUAUCGCUAUGAUGACAAGCUGUCCCACGCGCAGGCCAUCAUCCCCUGCUACAAAGACCACCAGAGGAAGUUUGGUUACGAGUACGGCUCCUGUCAGGCCGGGAUGUCUAACCGGCUCUUUCAGGACCUGAUCAUCAUGGGCGCUCCGGGGACGUCGUACUGGACGGGUUCCGUGCUGGUCUACAACACUUCCGGCGGCGGCGUGUCCGUCUACCUGGACGACGACGACGCGGUGGGCUUCGGGAGCUACUUGGGCUACUCAGUGGACGCAGGCCACUUCCUGGAUGCUGUGAGCUUGGAGGUGGUGGGAGGUGCCCCACAGUACAACCAGAGGGGAAAAGUGUUUGUCUUCUCAAUGGACGGCCACAUGCUACGCGUGCUAGCUCACGUGUCAGGAACAGAGCUGGGCUCCUAUUUUGGCGCUAGCCUGCGUGCGGUGGACCUGAACGGCGACAACCUAUCAGAUCUCUUGGUGGGCGCUCCCAUGGCAACGGGCGCUAGCAGGGAGGAGGGGCGCGUUCACGUCUUCCUCAACCAGGGCCAGGCCAAGCUAGUGGAGGCGGAGUUUCAGCUGAGCGGGGGCAAUGCCCACGCCGCCCGAUUUGGGGAGGCCAUCGCGGACUUGGGAGACCUGGACGAUGACGGUUACCCCGAAGUGGCGGUCGGCGCCCCCCAGGAGGACGACCUCAAAGGGGCCGUGUACAUCUACAACAGUGGAAAUCGGGGCAUCUCGCCAAAACCGUCACAGAGAAUCAGCGGGGCGGCGCUGGGUCGUGACCUGCGCAUGUUCGGCCAAUCGCUGAGCUCAGGCGUGGAUGUCGACGACAACGGGUACCAAGACGUGGCCGUCGGCGCGUUCCUCUCCGACGCCGCCGUCGUUCUCAGGUCUCGUCCCGUCCUGCGGGUGACGGCCUCCCUCGUCCUGCCCGAGAACAUUCGACAGCGGGCGACCGCCAUCAACGUCACCGUCUGCUUCCGAGUCACCUCCAGACACUACAAAGGAGCCAUCGAUCUUCAGUACAACCUGACUUCCGACCUCCUCCACCUUCCAUCCUUCCCGCACCGUUUCUAUUUCCACGGCAACGGCUCGUCCAAUAGUACGAGGGCUCACGUGAGGGUGCGCCUGGGCCAGCUGGGCUGCACCAAUCACGUUGCGCAGCGGAGGAAGGACACGCGCGACAUUUUCACGCCGGUCCGAUUCCAAGUUUCCUACAGCCUCCCGGACGGCGAGCCUCCCAAACACGCCGGCAAAGGCUUUGCGGCGCUCAGGCCCGUCCUGCAGAAGGUGACGGGCAGCCGCAAUACCGUCAGCAAUCAGACGCUGUUCGCUCGCCGCUGUUUCCUGGCCAACUGCUCGACGGACGUGCGACUGGGCGCCGCGCUGGUCCUGCCGCCGGGCGGCGGCGGCGGCGGCAGCUACUUUGCGCUGGGCGCCGGGCAAAGCGUGAUGCUGAACACCAGCCUGGCGGUGGCCGGAGACGACGCCUUCCUGCCGCGUCUGACGCUGCGUUUCCACCGAGACCUUCACUACGUCAGAGUGGUCGACAACGUGAGAGGGCGCCAGCCCGACCGAGAGGACAAGACGGUGAGCUGCGAUGUGACGGAAGAAGCCAACGGCACCGAAGUCAGCUGCGGCUUCUCCGGCCACAUCUUGCCGUCUGGCUCCCAGGUGAACGUCAGCUUCCUGUUGGACGUGGACCGCCGCGCCGCGCCUGGCAACCUGCUCGUCCUGGCCCACGCCAGCAGCCAGAACCCGGAAAGCUCCGAGUAUCUCCACGACAACAGCGUCUCCUUGCUACUUCCUCUCAAGUACGGCAUCGACGUCAACGUCCACGGUUUUGUGACUCCCACGUCCUUUGGGUUUGGGGACGAAGACGCGAAACCAGUCCAAUGCUACUCGCAGACCUUCAACUACACUUACAAGGUGGUGAAUUCAGGUCCCAGCAAGGCAGUGGACACUUUGCUGGAGAUUACGCUGCCAAAGCUGUUGACGCCGUACCCGCACCGCUUGCUGCAGGUGGUGGACUGGCAGUCAUCGCAAGGCGCCUGCUCGCUCAGCCAAGCCACCGUUGCCGUCAUCGACGACUGCGACGUCCCACGGGCCUCCUUUAUCAAACAAAUCAUCUUCUUCUUCUCGUCCACCUCCACGCGCAACAUGUUCUGCGGGCGCGGCGACCCACUGUGCGAGCAUCUGCUGUGUCGCCUGGGCCCCGUGGAGGCCGGUCAAGAUGCCACCGUUGGGCUGCGAGUGCAACUCAACCCCGACGUCUUGCUGCAAGCGCCCGGUCGGCAGGGCGUGGUCAAGCUGGAGAGCAGGGCGCUGAUAUCAUCGCCUAGGAAUGACCAACACACCGUGCUCGAGCGGGAGCCAGCCGUGGCGCAGGUGCUGCUGGAAGGGCACUACAGCCAAAAACCUUCGGUGCCAAUCAAGGUGUUGAUCAUCGUGCUCAGUUUGCUGGUGGGCCUGAUGAUCCUGGCGGCGCUCAUUUGGUGCUUGUGGAAGGCCGGUUUCUUCAAGCGCCACUCGCAGAAGAAGGAGGAAGAGGAGUUGAAGCGUGACAGCUGGGACUACGUCCCCAAACGCAGCAACCGGGAGAGCCGGUCCUAAGGACCAACGGCCGGGCCACUUUUGGAAGACGAGGGAGGGAGGGAGGAAAGCCAGACGGAGCCAUGGCAAGUCUUUCCCGGCAUCAUCCGUCCUGUGACUUCCAUCUCUUGCCCAGAGAGCCUCCCUGCUUGUUGAGUUGAGUCGAGUCGAGGACCUCCCGUUGAGCCACACUGGCCGGCCGGCGGCGUGGCAACUCACGGGUCGGAUCCUCCGAUCAUUUCCAAAUUGACACAAAAAAGAAAAUGCGGCCUUCGGGGGACGUCCGCCGCCUGUCCGGCCCGCUGCCGCCACCUUUGCUUCUGUUCCAGCCAGCGCUUUCAUUUGCCUGCUUCCCCUGCAGUGCGCUGCAAGCUUCCUUUCCUUUCCUUUCCUCCCUUCCUCCCUUCCUUCCUUCCUUCCCUCCUUCCUUCCCAGCCACUUUGCCGCACGCCUCCUGCUGCUGGCCGGGAUGUGACAAGCAGAAGCCUGCAAUCUUUCCAACUGACUAACUUUCGGUCAGUCCUAUCUGUAUUUUUUGCUCCGUGACAACUUGUGCCCCUGUAAAGUCUUGCUUGUGUUUCUACUGAUGUAUUUUCUAUUUAAAACACACAACAACUCUCUCUAUUGGCUGAUGCUGAAUCUCAAA